AUGCCUGCCCUCGAGGCGAAGGCAGUUCUAGAGGACGAGGAGAAGGAUGGUAUCGGAGCUACCACUGAUAUUGGACUCUUGAUGAACGGCGCAAAGGAAAAUGGCAAGGAAGGCACGACUAUUUUCACCCCAAACACGGUCUCAAGGGUGGAGGCUGUUGACGAUGCGAUGGGUAUGAAGACGGGGGAUCAAACUCGCGAAAAUCGCAAGCGUGCGCCAGUCGAGAACCGCCGCCAGAUCCGCACGAGCUUUAUGGCGCGCAAGUCCAAGCGCCAGCAGCAGCAGCCACCACCGCAGCAGCAAGAGCAGCAGCAGGAGCAAGAGCAAGAGGACCCGACGCCCCCUGCAGCCCCCGCCCGCGCCCUUUCCUCCUCCUCCUCCUCCAGCAGCUCCAGCUCGUCGUCCGACUCGGCCCCCGAAGUCGCCGCGCCGCCAGCCGCCGACCUGCCCGCGCCCGUCGCGCCCAAGCCCGCGUCGCCCUCCAAGCCGACGCCCAAGCCGCCGAGCCCCAAGAAGGAGCCGGCGCCUCUCCCCGUGAGCCCCAAGAAGCUGCCGCCCAGCCCCAAAGCCACGCGCGACGACAUCCUCGAAGCCAUGAACGGAACCAUCCACGUCAAGGUGCUGAGCGCCCGCAACCUGCCCACGAUGGACUUUGGCAAGCGCCAGGACCCCUUCGUGCUGGUGCAGCUGGACGACUCGAGUCCCAAGGUCUGGGCGACCACGGACCCGGCCUUCCAGGGCGGCACCAGUCCCGAGUGGACGGAGCGCUCGAACAACGAGCUGGAGCUCUUCUACGACGCCAGCCAGCACGAGAAGGGCGCCUCGCUCACCUUCGAGGUGUACUCGGACGAGUCCGGGGACGAGCUCAUCGGUACCGGCUCGCUCGACGUCCGCAAGAUCGUGCAGGAGCAGACCACGUACGAGACGGAGUACCCCGUGCGUCUCAAAGCCAACCGCGGCGAGGUGCUGGUGCAGGUGUGGUUCGGCCCGCCUGUGCGCAAGGCCUUCCGCGCAGCUGGCCGCGCCUCCAAGCUGCUGGACGCGCGCGACGCCUUCGUGGGGAUGCUGUGCUCGCUGGCGUCGGGUGCCUGUGGCGCCGUGUCGGGCUACUUCCAGCUGCCCACGGACUUCGCCAAGAAGCACCGCAAGCUGAGCGUGGCUCUGGCUGCGGUCCUGGGCAUCAUGUCCGCUGGGGCGCUCACCAUGUUCCUGGCCAUCGCCGUGCCCACGAUGCUGGUGGCUUUGUUCACGUUCCCGUUCUGGAUCAUGCCGUUCCUGGCCACGUCGUUCUUCACGGCGCCGCUGUGGAUCCCCGUCCUGCUGCUGGUGGGGCUCUUCCUGCUCUUCAUCGCCACGUUCGUGUUCGGAUUGGGGGUCACCUCCCGCCCCGUGCGUCGCAAAGGCGCCUUCAUCUCCAGCAAGAUCAAGCACUCGGACGUCGGCAAGCGGGUGGUCUACGAGAAGUCGCAGUAA